CUGCUACCCCCUCCCCACACAAACUCUCUCCCCAGUUUCCCUGGGGGGUUGGCGACGCACCGGUCGCACCUGAUCUUUGUACCUCCCCUGAGGGCAGGGAGGUGGCGGCUCCCGUGUGCACAGCCCCGGGGGCCGUCACACAACAGGAAGGCCGGGGGGAUCUUACCCCAUCGGGGCCUGAUGCCACGCUGGCCACAAACCGGUGUUGCUCAGACAGGAAAUGCUGCUUGUGCGGGAGCCGGUUGGAUUCUCCAGGGCAUGCCGGGGAGCUCUCCGAGAAUAACCCACCCACGUGGUCUCUUUCCCGGCAGGCGGCUCCGGGGGGUGAGCCCGGAGGCCCUGGCUGCAGCGCCGCCCGGCUCUUGCCCCGUUGCACGGCCUGAUCCCGUCCCCGCCGGCGCCGAGCGGGACGAUGGGGAACCACGCGGACCCCUCGCCGCUGCUCAUCUACUGGCUCACGGGCUCCCUCGCCGUCUUCAUCAUCCUGGCCAACCUCGCCAUCACCCUGGGGAUCCUCUGCAACCGGACGCUGCACGGCGCCACCAGCUGGUUCUUCCUCAGCCUGCUCUUUGCCGACCUCCUCACCGGUGCGGCCCUCCCCUUCAUCCCCCGGGUGAAGCUGGAGGUCAGCUGGGGCUACCACCGCUGCUUCUUCAUCCACGUGGUCCCCAACUUCUUCUUCCUCUCCUUCCUGGCCAACCUGCUGAUGGUGCACUGCCAGAGGUACCUGAGCGUCUGCUACCCGCUGCACUACCACCGCCUCUGGGUGUCCCGCUGGGUGCCCCUCUGCCUGCUGCUGGCCUGGGCCCUGCCCCUGCUCUUUGCCUGCCUGCCCGUGCUGGGCUGGAACCACUGGGAGACCAGUUCCAACUGCUCCUACAGCCAGGUCUUCCCCCGGGCGUACCUCUACCUGGAGAUCUACGGCUUCCUCAUCCCCUCCAUCCUGGCCAUGGCCAUCAUGUCCACCCAGCUGCUGCGGGUGGCCCGGCGCCACAUGCAGGCGAUCACGACGGUGCUGCAUUCGGUGCACCCAGGCCAGGCCCCCUCGGCGCUGGAGCAGCAUGAAAAGCCAGUGCGAGGCGGGCGUGAGCACACUGGGCGAGGCCUGGCCCAGGCUGAUGAGAAGGGGCUGAGCGAGAAGGAGGCCAGCCCGCAUGAGCAGGGAGGGGACAAGGCAGCUGCUUCCAAACACCAAAAGGCUGACUGUAUUGUCACAAAGCCCAAACCCCUCUGA